GCUGCAAGCACUGAGGCAGCAGCAACAAUAUGGCGACAAUCCCAGUUUCUUCCGAAUCUUUUCGACAUCUGCAGUAGAGCAACGUCUUUCUGGGUUCCUUGUAAUGCUUAUAAAAGCUGGUUUUAGUGGAUGGUCCAAUACUUAAAGACCAAGUAGUUACAGGAUGACAACAUGGCUGCUCCCCUUAUGGCACCACCAGGACCUGACAGCUUUAAAUAUUUUACCGCGGAAACAUUGGCUAACAUCGAGCUCCGGAUCAACGAGGAGAAGAACAAACCGCCGCCCAAACAGGACAGCAGUCACCGUGACGACGACGACGACAACAAACCGAAGCCCAAUGGCGACCUGGAGGCUGGGCGGAAUCUGCCCUUCAUCUAUGGUGACAUCCCUCCUGGAAUGGUGGCGACACCAUUGGAGGACCUGGACCCUUUCUAUCAGGCUCAGAAAACAUUCAUAGUGCUAAACAGAGGGAAGACAAUCUUCCGCUUUAGUGCCAACCCUGCCUUGUACAUCAUAAGUCCUUUAAAUCUUUUCAGGCGAAUAGCUAUUAAAAUUUUGAUACAUUCUCUUUUCAGCAUGAUCAUUAUGUGUACUAUUUUGACCAACUGUAUAUUCAUGACCUUUAGUGAACCUCCUGAGUGGUCCAAGCAAGUAGAGUACACAUUCACAGGGAUUUAUACAUUUGAAUGUCUUGUAAAAGUCGUCGCUCGAGGAUUCUGUAUAGAUGGGUUUACAUUCCUAAGGGAUCCCUGGAACUGGCUGGAUUUCAUGGUCAUUUCUAUGGCAUAUAUAACAGAGUUUGUGGACCUGGGCAAUGUCUCUGCGUUGAGAACAUUCAGAGUUCUCCGAGCAUUGAAAACUAUCUCUGUCAUACCAGGCCUGAAGACCAUUGUCGGUGCUCUAAUACAAUCCGUGAAGAAAUUGUCAGAUGUUAUGAUCCUCACGGUAUUCUGUCUCGGUGUCUUCGCUCUGAUUGGACUACAGCUCUUCAUGGGCAACCUACGACAAAAAUGCGUGAUUUGGCCAAUCAACUCCACCGAGAACUUCUUGGCCAACGGCAGCAUAGGCUUCGACUGGAAUGAAUACAUCAAUAAUGACAAAAAUUUCUACUUCCUGCCUAGACAAUUGGAUGCCCUUUUAUGUGGCAACAGUUCAGAUUCUGGCCGCUGCCCUGAAGGCUUCACAUGCAUGAAAGCUGGCAGGAAUCCAAAUUACGGUUACACCAGCUUUGACAGCUUUGGAUGGGCUUUCCUGGCUCUCUUCAGACUCAUGACACAGGACUUCUGGGAGAACCUCUACAUGCUGACCCUGCGGGCAGCAGGGAAGACCUACAUGAUCUUCUUUGUGUUGGUGAUCUUCGUGGGGUCCUUCUAUCUGGUCAAUCUGAUCCUGGCUGUGGUGGCCAUGGCCUAUGAGGAGCAGAACCAGGCCACCAUGGAGGAGGCUGAGCAGAAAGAGGCAGAGUUCAAAGCCAUGCUGGAGCAGAUCAAGAACCAGCAGGAGGCUGCACAGUCCAACGCCAUGGCGACGUCGGCAGGCACCAUGUCGGAGGACGUAGGGGAUGAUGACGGCGGGGGGACCCUGUCCUGUAGCUCGUCAGAGAUGUCCAAGCUCAGCUCCAAGAGCGCCAAGGAGCGGCGCAACCGCAAGAAGAAGUGGCGCCAGAAAGAGCAGUCGCAGCGGGAGGAGAAGGGGGACUGCGAGAAGUUCGUCAAGUCCGAGUCGGACGACGGCAGUAAGAAGAGCCGCUUUCGUUUCCCUGACAACCGGCUAGGCCGCAAGUCUUCCAUCAUGAACCAGUCCCUUCUCAGUAUCCCCGGCUCACCGUUUCUGUCGAGGCACAACAGCAAGAGCAGCAUCUUCAGCUUCAAGGGCGUGGGCUCGGAGAACGAGUUCGCCGACGACGAGCACAGCAUGGUGGAGGAGUGCGAGGAGAGGCGGGGCCCCCGGUUCAGCCCGUACCGGCGGUGCAGCUACACGAGCUACCACCACGGUGGUGGGAAGAGGAACUCCACGGUGGACUGCAACGGCGUGGUGUCUCUGAUCAGUCCGGGGACCGGCGGACGCCUUUUGCCUGAGCCCACUACUGAGGUUGAGGUGAAGAAGAAGCUGUCUGGUUCCCUGAUGGUGUCUAUGGACCAGCUCAAUACCUCCUUCGGAAGGAAAGAGAGGACCAACAGUGUCAUGAGCGUCAUCACCAACACACUAGCGGAGGAACUGGAGGAGUCUCAGCGUAGUUGUCCACCGUGGUGGUAUAAGUUCUCCAACAUGGUCCUCAUCUGGGAGUGUUGUCCCAUCUGGUUGAAGAUCAAGGAGAUCGUCAAUCUGAUCGUCAUGGACCCCUUCGUGGACCUGGCCAUCACUGUCUGCAUCGUCCUCAACACCCUGUUCAUGGCCAUGGAGCACUAUCCCAUGACCCCGCACUUUGAGGAGGUGCUGUUCGUGGGAAACUUGGUGUUCACAGGGAUCUUUGCUGUGGAGAUGUUUGCCAAGUUGGUUGCCAUGGAUCCCUACUACUACUUCCAGGAGGGGUGGAACUGCUUCGAUGGCUUCAUUGUGACUCUGUCCUUAGUGGAGCUGGCAUUGGCUGACGUGGAGGGGCUGUCCGUGCUCAGAUCAUUCCGAUUGCUGAGAGUGUUUAAACUGGCCAAGUCAUGGCCCACACUCAACAUGCUGAUUAAGAUUAUCGGUAACUCUGUGGGCGCCCUGGGAAACCUGACCCUCGUCUUAGCUCUCAUCGUCUUCAUCUUUGCCGUGGUCGGCAUGCAGCUGUUCGGCAAGAACUACAAGGACUGUGUGUGUAAGAUUGCCCUGGACUGUCAGCUGCCCCGCUGGCACAUGCACGACUUCUUCCACUCGUUCCUGAUGGUGUUCCGGGUGCUGUGCGGGGAGUGGAUCGAGACCAUGUGGGACUGUAUGGAGGUGGCUGGCCAGGGCAUGUGUCUCAUCGUCUUCAUGAUGGUCAUGGUCAUCGGGAACUUGGUGGUGUUGAACCUUUUCCUUGCCUUGCUGCUGUCCUCGUUCAGUGCAGACAAUUUAGCCGCAACAGAUGACGACGGAGAAAUGAACAACCUUCAGAUCUCCGUCAUCCGCAUCAAGAAGGGCAUCGCCUGGUUCAAGAUCAAGCUGGCAGAGUUGGUGCUCAGCUUGACCAAGAAGCCUCCGGUGGAGGAUGAACAGAAAACCGUAGACGACAUGUACGACAAGAAACUGAACUGUAUCGCCAACCAGAGUGGUGUGGAUAUCAACCGUGACCUGGACUACACCAAGAAUGGUAACGGCACCGCUAGUGGUAUGGGAAGCAGCUUCGGGAGGUACUUGAUCGACGAGGACCACAUGUCGUUCAUCCACAACCCUAACCUGACCGUGUGCGUUCCUAUCGCGGUCGGAGAGUCUGACUUCGAGAACCUCAACACUGAGGAAUUCAGCAGCGAGUCGGAGAACGAGAACAGCAAAGAUCUGGAUGACACCAGCUCAUCAGAGGGCAGCACCAUAGACAUCAAGCCUGAUGUGGAGGUGGAGGCGGUGGUGGUGGAGGCUGAAGAAGUGUACUUAGACCCAGAAAACUGUUGGACACCUGAGUGUAUUAUCAAGUAUCCUUGCUGCGAUGUGCCCAUCACUCACGGGUGGGGAAAAUAUUGGUGGUUCCUGAGAAAGACAUGCUAUCUUAUUGUGGAGCAUAACUGGUUCGAAACCGUCAUUAUCUUUAUGAUCCUACUCAGUAGUGGGGCCCUGGCUUUUGAGGAUGUGUACAUCCAGCAGAGGAAGACUAUCAGGACCAUCUUGGAAUACGCCGACAGUGUGUUCACCUACAUCUUCAUCCUGGAGAUGCUGCUCAAGUGGGUCGCUUACGGAUUCCACAAGUACUUCACCAACGCCUGGUGCUGGCUUGACUUCUUCAUCGUCGAUGUGUCUAUAAUCAGUCUGGUAGCUAAUGCACUGGGCUACUCGGAUCUAGGUCCUAUUAAAUCACUAAGGACACUAAGGGCCUUGAGACCCCUCAGAGCCUUGUCACGUUUUGAAGGGAUGAGGGUUGUAGUCAACGCCCUGGUGGGAGCCAUCCCCUCCAUUAUGAAUGUGUUGCUGGUUUGCCUCAUCUUUUGGCUGAUUUUCAGUAUCAUGGGAGUCAACUUGUUUGCGGGCAAGUAUUACUACUGUUUCAACCAGACAGCAGAGGAAUACUUUGAGGCCAGAGAGGUCAACAACAAGACACAGUGCCUGGCCCUCAUUGAACAGAACUUCACUGAGGUCAGGUGGAAGAAUGUCAAGAUCAACUUUGACAAUGUUGGCGCCGGAUACCUGGCUCUGCUUCAAGUGGCAACAUUCAAAGGCUGGAUGGACAUCAUGUACGCAGCCAUAGACUCCAGAAGGGUGGAGGACCAGCCCAUCUAUGAAGACAACAUCUACAUGUAUAUCUACUUCGUCAUCUUCAUCAUCUUUGGAUCCUUCUUCACCCUCAACCUCUUCAUCGGUGUCAUCAUUGACAACUUCAACCAACAGAAGAAAAAGUUUGGAGGUCAGGACAUCUUCAUGACAGAGGAACAGAAGAAGUACUACAACGCCAUGAAGAAACUGGGUUCAAAGAAGCCCCAGAAACCCAUUCCCAGACCACAGAACAAGAUCCAAGGGUUGGUGUUUGACUUUGUGACCCAGCAAGUCUUCGACAUCUCCAUUAUGAUGUUGAUCUGCCUCAACAUGGUCACCAUGAUGGUGGAGACAGACGACCAGUCGGACGAGACGGAGAACAUCCUCUAUUGGGUCAACUUCAUCUUCAUCGUGGCAUUCACCACCGAGUUCGUCCUGAAACUCUUCGCCCUGCGCCACUACUACUUCACCAAUGGCUGGAACGUGUUCGACACGGUCGUCGUCGUCCUGUCCAUCGCGGGCAUGUUCCUGGCUGACAUCAUUGAGAAGUACUUCGUAUCGCCGACCCUCUUCAGGGUCAUCCGAUUGGCUCGAAUCGGCCGCAUCCUGCGUCUGAUCAAAGGGGCCAAGGGCAUACGGACUUUACUCUUCGCCUUGAUGAUGUCACUUCCUGCCCUGUUCAACAUCGGCCUCCUGCUCUUCCUGGUGAUGUUCAUCUUCAGCAUCUUCGGAAUGUCCAACUUCGGCUACGUCAAACACGGGGCCGGGAUAGACGACAUGUAUAACUUUGAGACCUUCGGGAACAGCAUGAUCUGCUUAUUCAUGAUCACCACGUCUGCAGGCUGGGAUGGUCUCUUGCUCCCCAUCCUCAACUACCCUCCUGACUGCGACUCAACCAUGGAGAACCCAGGUGCACCGUCUGCAGGCAACUGCGGCAACCCCUCAGUUGGCAUAUUUUUCUUUGUGAUGUAUAUCAUUAUUUCCUUCCUUGUCGUAGUCAACAUGUACAUCGCCAUCAUCUUAGAGAAUUUCAGUGUAGCGACAGAAGAGAGCGCCGACCCGCUCAGUGAAGACGACUUUGAGACGUUCUAUGAAAUCUGGGAGAAAUUUGACCCAGCCGCUUCCCAGUUCAUCACCUUCGCAAAGCUGGGUGACUUCGCAGACACCCUGGAGCACCCUCUCCGCAUUCCCAAACCCAACACCAUCGAGCUGAUCGCCAUGGACAUGCCCAUGGUCAGCGGCGACCGCAUCCACUGCCUGGACAUCCUGUUUGCCUUCACCAAGCGUGUGCUGGGCGACAGUGGCGAGCUGGACAUGCUACGCACGCAGAUGGAGGAGCGCUUCGUGCAGGCCAACCCCUCCAAGGUGUCGUACGAGCCCAUCACCACGACACUGCGCCGGCGCCAGGAGGACAUAUCCGCACGUUGCAUCCAGAAAGCCUACCGCGCUCACCUCCUCAAACGGGGCUUCAUCUGCAAGUGCAGGCCCAAGACCAAGCUGGAGAAUGGUGGGACCAACAACGAGGAGAAGAAAGAGAGCACACUCUCCACCGCCUCUCUUCCCUCGUACGACAGCGUGACCAAACCGGACAAGGAGAAACAGGAAGAGAACGAGGGAGAGAGGAGAGAGAAGGACAGAAAUCUAAAAGAUGAGCGGGAAUCUAAAUUUUAGUCAGGGUUCAGUGACUGUCAUUAUUACAAUACUACACACAGCCAGAAGGGACUCUGAGCCCAAUAAACAGACAAAUGUAGAAAAAAUAUAAUUUGCAAGUUUAAAAAAAUGUACGAAAACUACACUUUUUUUUUUUACAGACUUCAAUUUAACACAAAAUGAAGGAUCGAGAUUCGGCGUUGGAUAGUUAGGGUCAGUUGAAGCAAAACACAGAUGGCGAAGUACAUGUUGCCCACGAUAAGAAUUUAGUUAGGACACCAUUAUUAUCACUAAAGGAUUUUACUGCCUGAUGAUAAAUGUCUUCUUUAUUUCUUGGAAAUAAUGUGAGGAAGAACAACGAUAAUAUAAAUAAUGAUCAAUAAUAACUCAAUAAUAGUGUGCCCGCCAUUGGCAUUCUAUAUAUUAAAAUAUAUGUUCAGGAUCAUCGGGAGAAACCUCUGCAAACAAGAUGGAGGGAGAUUUAUUGGCGCAAAAGAGUCUCUGACUGCCAGUACCCUGUGUGGACGAGCCCCUGCAGCGAAAUGUCCACCACUAUGGGAGCACCUCAGGAGAGGAACGGGACGGAACCUAUGUUACAGAACCUUCUAGAACUGUUCUACUACGCAGUCUGAUAUGGUCUCAGUAACAUCCACUUCCUGCACUGUCGUUCUUAUCAAGUUUUAAAUACGAAGAAUGAACGUUUAGAGAAAGAAAGAAGACAGAACAGUUUGUGCUGAAAAUACUUUUAUCUUUACAUUAUUUGAGCAGCAAAAAAAAUGAGAACAAAUAACAUUUAGCCCAUGUCACACUGGUCUCUUUUCAUCUUCUCUCGCUUAGUUAUACUAACAUUAUGAAAAAUAUAUUUCAUACAUGGGCAUACUGUCACACUGGGUAGGGGGCACAAGUCAGUGUUUAGACUUGGGCUGAAGAAGGGUGGGGACUCGCUCUGACCGACUGAGUCUCAGAUAAAUUAUAGUGCUCGUUCAAUGCAUAGAUAUGACUUGCAUGAAGGCAUGUUUUCAUCAGGAAUCAUGCAUGAUGUAAUCAUAGUCCACGAGACACUAAUUAUCUUACUACUCUAAUGGCUCGACCAUACGUUUGAGGCAGUCCACUGGAAAAAUGUUUAUGAGAAAUAGAACUGGAUAAUGAUUGGUAUAUAUAUAUGACACAUAUAUGUCUAUAUAUACAAUAUUGACGGAAUCAAGUGGUGUGACCUACCGUUCACUAUAAUGUUGCUUUUCAACUGCCAGACCAAUCUUUUUAUGACGCCCAUUUGGGAUUUUAAUUGAGUAUGUAGUUACACCCUCAAAGGCAAACCUCUAUUCUGGCACAUUUAUGAAAAACACAAAGUAGAAUUUGAUUAGAUUUUAUUCUGAGAGGGACAAGCAUAGUUUCUGCUGAGUUCUAUCAGGAAUAUGUCUUCAGAAUAAGAAUGAGGAUGCACAGAUUUCGAAUCAGGAAUAUAUCUUCAGAAUGAGAAUGAGGAUGCACAGAUUUCAAAGACACCUUUCAGACCGUUCUAAAGAAACCUAAUCGGGGUCUUAUUAAGAGACCCUGGUUUUUACAUCAAAUGUUUACUACCUUUACCUUUGUUGCUACGGUUACCACCCUUACCUGUGGUCUCCAACCAACUCCCUCUUGUUGUUGUGGCAGUACAAACAGGCAAUGUUUGAUGCCAUAUCCUGUAUAUCCAUAUCCUGUAUAUCCAUAUCCUGUAUAUCCAUAUCCUGUAUAUCCAUAUCCUGUAUAUCCAUAUCCUGUAUAUCCAUAUCAUUCACAGAUCAAUGUCAGUAAAAAUUCUAUAAUUCUCCUCCAAUGCUUUGUCUGUCUGCGGACAGGGAAGAGUGAGACAUGUAUCAGUGGUACUGUAGGGGAGGAUGAUGGGAGAUGUUGAAACAGCUGAUAUACUGAUGCUUCCAUAGAUCCUUUCUUCUGGUUUUUAUUUGAUUCACUUCUGUCCUCUGUCACUCCGUCAGUUCCCUGUUAGACUAUCGUUCACUGUGGCCCAGUGGCACGUCGACAGACACUUUGAGUUUGCAGCUCUGAUGUAUGUAGAUGUCCUCUGUCACUCCGUCAGUUCCCUGUUAGACUAUCGUUCACUGUGGCCCAGUGGCACGUCGACAGACACUUUGAGUUUGCAGCUCUGAUGUAUGUAGAUGUCCUCUGUCACUCCGUCAGUUCCCUGUUAGACUAUCGUUCACUGUGGCCCAGUGGCACGUCGACAGACACUUUGAGUUUGCAGCUCUGAUGUAUGUAGAUGUCCUCUGUCACUCCGUCAGUUCCCUGUUAGACUAUCGUUCACUGUGGCCCAGUGGCACGUCGACAGACACUUUGAGUUUGCAGCUCUGAUGUAUGUAGAUGUCCUCUGUCACUCCGUCAGUUCCCUGUUAGACUAUCGUUCACUGUGGCCCAGUGGCACGUCGACAGACACUUUGAGUUUCCAGCUCUGAUGUAUGUAGAUGUCCUCUGAUCCAAUGCAAUCCUUCUCAGAAGAAAGCUUGAAUUUCAAGCAGUGAGAAUGUAUGUGGCAUAGUAGUUCGUAUCCCAGAGAAAAAUCUGCCGAUUUUGCUCCUGUAAGUCGCUCUGGAUAAAACUGUCUGCUAAAUGACUAAAUGUAAAUGUAAAAUGUAGUUAAUCUAUAAAGCAGCAUAGACACAUACAAGUGACAUAGAAGUACGAGUGUACAUAGAGGGGACCAUGGAGGGUACAUAGAGGGAACCAUGGAGGGUACAUAGAGGGAACCAUUGAGGGUACAUAGAGGGGACCAUGGAGGGUACAUAGAGGGAACCAUGGAUGGUACAUAGAGGGGACCAUGGAGUGUACAUCGAGAGAACCAUGGAGGGUACAUAGAGGGGACCAUGGAGGGUACAUAGAGGGGACCAUGGAGGGUACAUAGAGGGAACCAUGGAGGGUACAUAGAGGGGGCCAUGGAGGGUACAUAGAGGGGACCAUGGAGGGGACCGUGGAGGGUACAUAGAGGGGACCAUGGAGGGUACAUAGAGCAGCAGGACAUGCUCAGCCACUGCUGGCAUGAUGUACUAAAGGACUGAAAGACGGUCAGCCAUAGAAGGCUUAAGGGUUGUACUGUGGAGAAGAAAAAUAUAUCUGAUUGGAUAGACUUAUUCAGGGAGGUGGGGAUGGUAUAACAAAGGACCAAAGGAGAGACUUAAAAUAACCUCUCCUGGACCCUCCACAGUUUCUAGCCUGACUGCCAUGAAUGAAAAAGAUCAGAGAAAGUCAAGAUGGCAAGCGGGAGCAGCAGGGAAAAUAGUGCUAAUGCCUUCAGCAGGAGUGAGUGCUGAAAGUCCCAUGUUUGUCAGUAUAUCAUUGCGCUUUGUGGGACCUCUUCAACACUGCGUAUAGUGUGUGGAUGUUGGACCCAGGCUUGCAUCAUCAUGUCAUGUGCUAGCAGGCUAUUAUUUGAUUGGUCACCUAGCUGUCUGUUUGAUAAAUGAAGAAUCUGCCUGGGGAUGUAAGAAGGUCAAAGUGACGUGACCCGUCCAACCGUCGUUUCCCACAGAUCUUCUCUGUCUCUGCAGAAUCAAAUUCAAUUAGACUUUUAUCAGAUAGGCCUCGUAUGAUCAACUCGUAUCAAGUCAUGAUUCAUGAUUCAUAGUAGAAUCGUGCCUUUAAGAAAACGUGAGGCAGCUUUGAAGCUACUCAAAUGAAACGAGAGCGAGCGCUAGGCUAGGCUGGGCCAAAGAGAUAAUUUAGAUCCCUGUGAGUGCCAGGCAGGUGAGACAAGUCGAGACAUAACAAUAACAGCUCCUCUAAAAGGUGUUUGCAACUUUUUUUUUCCCACAUAGGAGUGAUGUAAUGGUCGUUCAUCUAUACAAACAAACAAACAAACGGAUGCCUGGUCAGACAACAACAUAGUAUAUAGGGAUGCACCAUUGAAGCCAUUAUGGUGUGUUGAACACUGCCUGUACCCGUACCUGAUAUCCCCAUGUUUGUCUAUUGUUACUAUCUAGAGGUCUGUUUACAAUAUAAAGACAUGCCUACAGAUAAUGUCUGUCUGCUUGACUGCUGCACACUUAAAACCAAAUACAUUCCCGAUUUGAUCGAUCAAUGACGUUACAACCAUAAGAGCAAACAAUGCCAUCCAGUUUCAGCCUGUGCUCAUUUUGGAUGUCAUGUUUUAGAUGAAUGAUGUAUCGAUCAGUGAAUUUACUUGGAGAAAUAAAAUCAAUAAAAAUAAGAAAUAUACAUGUAUGUGCAGUGCGGGCUAUGAUGACACAAUCACUGAAAAAGAAUGAACUUUUUAAAAGAAACUAUAAAUAAUGUACUAUAUUAUUUUAUUUUAUCGGCAUGCUUUGUUGUGUUUUUUUGUAAAUACUGAAUUUUAAAGAGCUACCACUAAUAAUCUAAAAUGAAACAAUAACAGUAUAGGACGAUUUCCAGAUAUGCCCUUUGCCAUAUUUGUUCCCUUUGGGAUUUUUUGUUGACACUUUUCACUUUGUUGACGGAAAUUGAAUGAAAUAUAGAUAUUAUACAAUACACAAAGAAAUAGACGUCUAUACAUAUAUAUGUCUAUAUGUACAGUGCCUCUUUUACACAUAUUGUUACGUUACAGCCUUAUUCUACAAUUGAUUACAUCGUUCCCCCCAUCAGUCUACACACAAUACCCCAUAAUAAAAUAGCAAAAACAGGUUUUUAGAAAAGUUAGCUAAUUUAUUUAAAAUAAAAACUUAAAUAUCACAUUUACACAAGUCUUCAGACCCUUUCCUCAGUAUUUUGUUGAAGCACCUUUGGCAGUGAUUACAGCCUUGAUUAUUUUGGGGUAUGACGCUACAAGCUUGGCCCACCUGUAUUUGGGAAGUUAUUCCCAUUCUUCUCUGCAGAUCCUCUCAAGCUCUGUCAGUUUGGAUGGGGAGCGUCGCUGCACAGCUAUUUUCAUGUCUCUCCAGAGAUGUUCAAUCUGUUUCAAGUCCGGGCUCUGGCUGGGACACUCAAGGACAUUCAGAGACUUGUCCCGAAGCCACUUCUGCAUUGUCUUGGCUGUUUGCUUAGAGUCGUUGUCCUAUUGGAAGGUGAACCUUCACCCCACUCUGAGGUCCUGAGCGCUCUGGUGCAGGUUUUCAUCAAGGAUCUCUCUGUACUUUGCUCCACUCAUCUUUCCCUCAAUCCUGACUAGUCUCCCUGUCCCUGUCGCUGCUAAAAAUGCCCCCAGCAUGAUGCUGCCACCCCCAAGCUACACCUUAGGGAUGGUGCCAGGUUUUCCCCAGACGUGACGCUUCACAUUCAGGCCAAAGAGUUCAAUCUUGGUUUCAUCAGACCAGAUAAUCUUGUUUCUCAUGGUCUGAGAGUCUUUAGGUGCCUUUUGGCAAACUCCAAGUGGGCUGUUAUGUGCCUUUUACUGAAGAGUGGUUUCCGUCUGGCCACUCUACCAUAAAGGCCUGAUUGGUGGAGUGCUGCAGAGAUGGUUGUCCUUCUGGAAAGUUCUCCCAUCUCCAUAGAGGAACUCUCGAGUUCUUGGUCUCCUCCCUGACCAAGGCCCUUCGCCACCGAUUGCUCAGUUUGGCCGGGCGGCCAGCUCUAGGAAGAAUCUUGGUGGUUCCAAACUUCUUCCAUUUAAGAAUGGUGGAGGGCACUGUGUUCUUGGGACCUUUAAUGCUGCAUCAUUUUUUUGGUACCCGUCCCCAGAUCUGUGCCUUGUCACAAUCCUGUCUCUCUACGGACAAUUUAUUUGACUUUGUAGCUUGGUUUUUGCUCUGACAUGCACUGUCAACUGUGGGACCUUAUAUAGACAGGUGUGUGCCUUUCCAAAUCAUGUCCAAUCAAUUUAAUUUACCACAGUUGAACUCCAAUCAAGUUGUAGAAACAUUUCAAGGAUGAUCAAUGGAAACAGGAUGCACCUGAGCUCAACUUCGAGUCUCAUAGCAAAGGGUCUGAGAACUUAUGUAAAUAAGGUAUUUUAGGAUUUUUUAUAAAUAUGCAAAAAUUUCGAAGAACCUGUUUUCGCUUUGACAUUAUGGGGUAUAUUGUGUGUAGAUUGCUGAUUUUUUAAAUAUUUGUUAUUAUUAUCCAUUUUAGAAUAAGGCUGUAACGUAACAAAAUGUGGAAAAAGUCAAGGGAUCUGAAUACUUUCCGAAAGCGCUGUAUAUACAUAUUACAAAAUAACACUGUUUGUUUGUCACAUUUGAUUGAUGUGUAACACGUUCAGUCUAAAACUGGUUGGUAAUUCAGCACCCUACUGUAUGUGUUGGGAAAUAGCUGAUACAUUGUCACUGGAGCUGCUGCCAUGAUAUUACCAUGAUGAUGAGAGGUUUAUGCUACCAGCACAUUUCCCACUGUUUUCUGCAAACUUGUCAAACUUUUUUCAACUGCAAUCAAUAAACAAACACACACAUACACAUUCACACAGCAAUUCAACCUGACUAAUCAGUAAUUUGUCCCAAUUACAUAGUCCAUUGGGUGUGACUGCCUCUUCCAGUGAAGAUGGCGUCUAUCCCAACCAAGACCUAGUAUCUACUCAUACAUCCACAAAGCCUAAAAGACCUAGUAUCUAUAGAUACAUCCAAGGCCUAAAAGACCUAGUAUCUACCCAUACAUCCACAAGGCCUAAAAGACCUAGUAUCUAUAGAUACAUCCAAGGCCUAAAAGACCUAGUAUCUACCCAUACAUCCACAAGGCCUAAAAUACCUAGUAUCUAUAGAUACAUCCAAGGCCUAAAAGACCUAGUAUCUACCCAUACAUCCACAAGGCCUAAAAUACCUAGUAUCUACCCAUACAUCCACAAGCCUAAAAUACCUAGUAUCUACCCAUACAUCCACAAGGCCUAAAAGACCUAGUAUCUACCCAUACAUCCAAGGCCUAAAAGACCUAGUAUCUACCCAUACAUCCACAAGGCCUAAAAGACCUAGUAUCUACCCAUAUAUCCACAAGGCCUAAAAGACCUAGUAUCAACCCACACAUCCACAAGGCAUAUUAGGCGUAUCUAUAUACUGUAACCACCCUACACACACUAGGAUCUAGUACAUCUAUCCACAUACACAAGAUCUGGUCAAUGAAUCUAUCUCUCUCUCUACCCAUAAAUACAGCCACAUGGUCUGGUCCAAUCAAUAUAUCUCUCUCUCUACCCAUAAAUACAGCCACAUGGUCUGGUCCAAUCAAUAUAUCUCUCUCUCUACCCAUAAAUACAGCCACAUGGUCUGGUCCAAUCAAUAUAUCUCUCUCUCUACCCAUAAAUACAGCCACAUGGUCUGGUCCAAUCAAUAUAUCUCUCUCUCUACCCAUAAAUACAGCCACACGGUCUGGUCCAAUCAAUAUAUCUCUCUCUCUACCCAUAAAUACAGCCACACAGUCUGGUAGGCCUAAUUACCCAUCUCCAUCCAUACAUCCAUACAGCCACACCAUUUCAAUGCAAUUACAGUUCAACACUUCAAUGUCUGAUACUUUGUGCUUCAAACAUCUCUCACCUUUACUUUGAAUGGUUUGUUUCUAAUCUAGUGUUAUAACUCCACUCAUUGGCAUGUGCCCUUUUCAGAUAUUUCAGUGUUUUUUUUGGAAGAUGAUGAUACCACACUUAAAUGUUCAAAACUGUGGAAGUAGGGAAUGGGGUGGGGGGUGUGGUGUGCGUGGGGGGUUAAUUUGAAAAGAAUGAAGGACAACGUAUAUCAGGGACUCGAGGCUACCAAACAGCAUUCUUUGUCCAUUCGAUACGAUGAGAGGGGUCAGAACUAAUAAUGCCGGGGAUCAGAUUAUCUUAACAACUAUUAACAAAUACCUGCCAUCUUCUCUUCAUCCUCUAAAUAUACUUUUGAUGUUACCUUACAAAACAGCAGUCCAACUCAAAACAGCAAUCCAACUCAAAACAGCAAUCCAACUCAAAACAGCUAUCCAACUCAAGACAGCAAUCCAACUCAAAACAGCAGUUUCUUGUGUUCAUGUGUGUUACCUUGUGAAAAAGCAGCUUGCCUUCUAUAUCUCU